CAACCACACGGGAUUUCGAUAGCCAUGGUUUAUGGGCGCAAGCCUGUAAUACUUUCUUCCAUACUGUGAUUUCCUAUCCUCGAACCAUGUUCUCGUUACCUUACUUUGUCCAGCUCAAGUUGGCCAGAGGAAGCCUGCUUGUUGUCACACUUCUUCUCCUCAUCCUCCUCGUUAGGGACAUUUCCACGGAAUCAGAUUCCUUUGGUGGGAAAGGCUUCAACGAAACCGUAUCCCGGGAGAAAGUCCUGAUUAAGAACCUGUUGGAUCGAUACGCCAAGUACGGUCGAGUGGGGCGACCAUUAGCCAACACCUCGGACUACAUAGGGGUAGAGUUUGCCCUAAGCUUAAUACAGGUCAUUAAUUUGGAUGAGAAAGACCAAGUGCUUACCAUAAGUGUGUGGUAUCAAUACACCUGGAAGGACGUGUUACUAAAAUGGGACCCUAAAGAUUAUGACAACAUCCAAGAUGUUCGGGUACCUUCCAAUAAAAUAUGGAUCCCCGACAUUGUACUGUACAAUUUUGCGGACACACGACUGGAGGAACAGAGGGAGGCCCUGGUGGUCGUCGACUACAACGGGACUACACUCUGGAUGCCUCAAGCCAUUUUGAAGAGCACAUGUUCUAUUGAUAUUACGUACUUUCCAUUCGACAACCAAAAGUGUACGCUAAAGUUUGGCUCAUGGACUUACAGCGGGAAUAAGUUAGAUCUGCGGUUUAUGAACACCGAGGAGUUUCAGAUGGCAGAUUAUAUGCCGAGCCACGAGUGGGACAUACUGGAAUCUAGCGCCGUGCGCAAUCGCGUAGACUAUGACUGUUGUCCGGAUUUUUUUCUCGACCUUACGUAUACCUUACGUAUGAAGAGAAAGGUGGCGUUUUACAGCUUUAUCCUCGUCCUUCCCUGUGCUCUACUUUCCCUUCUCACCCUCGUCAUAUUCUGGGUUCCACCCGAAUCCCCAGCUAAACUCCAGUUAGGUAUGAACAUAUUCGUCGCAUUCUUCGUCCUGUUACUGUUACUUGCUGAGUCCACUCCCCGGGCGGCGUCUUCUAUUCCCCUUAUUGGAGCCUACUAUUGUCUGAAUAUGAUAAUGAUAACGGUGUCAACCAUUCUGGCCUGUGUGGGUGCCAACAUGUUCUUCAGAGGUGUCCGUAGGAACAGAGCACCAAAAUGGCUUCGUAUAAUGAUGAUUCACGGAGUGGCCAAAGUGUUACGUCUUCGCAAGGAUUUGAUCGAUGUGGAUGACGAGACCUCGAAAAAAUGGAAUUCGCGCGUUCUCAACGACGGCAAAAAGAGAUUUAACAAUCACGAAGUGAAAGUGGCGAAAAUUCGUCUGCUUGAUACGCCGAAUGGUAAAGAUGCUGGAGAGAAGAUGUCCACGGUACACGAGGUUCUGGACACGAGCCGAUGUAGUGGGUUUAACCCCAGCGCUGAGGAUAAGUCGGCUGUCGUGGAGGAGCUAAAGGCGAUAAGACAGAUGCUGGAGCGCGUGCGUGAUCAACGCGGGCGUCGCGAGGAACAGGAACGCUUCCUGCGGGAAUGGCGCGUGAUCACGUGUAUAACUGAUCGUCUGUUCUUCAUCAUUUAUGUCAUAUGUAACCUGGUUUCCAUUCUGCUGAUAUUCUUCUCGGGUUCGUAGUGAGACCAGGCCAGAAAUAAAUUCACACGCGACUUAUAUCGUUAAUUCUGUGGAACACCUGUACACAAGAGAUAUAUAUAUAUAUAGCCACAUCUGCAGAGUGACUGCAAGUCAGGACAGAAAAACUAUGCAAACAGAAAGACGCCAUAUUUGUCAUAGUCGGAGGAGCAAUGACGGCCGUGGCCAUGUCUUCGUCUAUGGCCAAUAGUUCGAUUAACUGUGAGCUAAUAAUGUAAAUAGCGAUAGAUAGCCUUUUAUGUGUUCCACAGAGUAACAACAACAUAGAAGGGACCUGGUGCAGGGAUAAAGGCUGUAAAUAUUAUUAUAUAGGCUCUACCCACCAGUGGUCCAAACAAGCGAAAUGCGGGGUUUUGUAUAUAAUUUGUAGUUGAUUCCUGUACAGUAGAUAUCUUGGAUAUACAUAAAUAACGUGUUAUCUAGCAAUACAAUAUCUGCUUAGAAAACACUUUGUGGGAUAAGCGUCACAGUCUGUUUUAGUGAACUGGUAUUUGUAUAUAUGGAUCUUCAUAUUGUUUAGAGUGAUGGAAAACUCGAGCAUUGAUCACAAAGAAAGCAGAUUCGGAAUCAUUUCUUCCACUAAAUGUCUUCACGUUAUGAUGGCCUGCGUUUUGUAUUUUUUGACAUUAUUGUCCAUUUUUUGUUAACACACACCACUGGACACUGAAGUGGACACUAGUGUGGACACUGAUGAAUUGAUCAUCUUAUGGACACGUUGUGGGUACAAGUUAGCGGGAUCACUUCUGGGAUACCGUGAUGUUUUACUCAACAUAAAUUGUACAGAUGUAUAUAUGAAUACACAUACAGCGAACAGAACGUCAGCGGCUUAGGUCUAUGCAUUAUUCUACUGUGCUCGUGAAGAUUAUAGCGUAAGUGUGUACAUCGUCGAAAAAAUGUAAACUACUUAGCCAAUCGAGUCGUUCACUUAUCCCUAUGCAUGAAUAAUAUCUGUAGACGUUUGACGCCAUCCCAGGCUGGUGGGAAUUGCCUCUAAACCGGGAUUACGUCUACUUGCAAAGAUGUCUGGAGAAAGGAGCGGAUCGCCGCGUACAUCCGGGCCCGUUUGCGCAGGCACAGAGCAUGAGAAAGAGCCGUCGAUAUACUGUAGAGCACUAACUCACUUAUCAAUCAUAUUACUGGAAAAACACGAGAGGGUCGAUUUGAAUUCUAUUGCCACCCCUCUUUCACGCAAUCACGCCUACAAGCAUUGUCCACAAUGAUAGCCAAACCAGUUGUUCAUCCUCUAAAUGUAUGGUUCUCAAGCUCCUUCCCCUAGGACGGCCUCUCGGGUGGCGAAAUAGCCUAGCCACAUAACCUGCUUUGAUUUGAUUCUCACGCGAUACAAGUCUAGAGCGGACACUUGAGAUAGUUUUUGUCUACAGAGUGGACUCUUGAGAUAAUUCUUGUCUAUGGAGCGGACAUUUGAGAUAGUUCUUGCGGCCGUUGUCGUGACAGUUAUCAAGUGAUAACCAAAAUGUGUCUGAAAAGCGGUAACCUUCCGAUGACUCGGUAAGCCUGGCUCGGACGUCGCUAUAAGGAAGUUAGAAAGGUUCAGUCAUCUCUGACUGUCUAUUCACGCUCAGAGCUGGAACAUCCAGCACCUUUCCUUCUGAUAUAUGGUUUUCCCAUGAGAAACUCCAAGGUCGACGAGUUGCGCACUUUGGUCGGAUCGAUGACCACUAUCGUGGAACUAAAUCAUCUUUAUAGUGGACAGAGAGGGUGUAAGCGUCGCGGAGAAGGCCUUUCCUGUUGAUUACUGUCCCGGAAUUGCAUUAGUGUCGUCAUAAUGGAAUAGAGUUCUCAGCCUAUAUCGCUAUGAUCGAAAACUGUGUUCGUUACUAUAAUAAUCUGGGAGGAUUUUCCUUGAUAGGACUCCAUCUCCGCUAAAUUCUGUAUAUUGCAUUGACCACAGAAGGCCGUGUGUGGCCCUUUCGGUGAGAUGUAUAUGUAAACAGUGCAACAAAAGUAAGUUUCCCCCAAAACGUUGUUUGAUAUCUCCCUUGAUAUGUACCAGAUCGCAAUGAAAUUUUGCACACACCAUCCCAGUAAUCCGGCGGACGUGGUUUAUCAAGGAUUAACGUGCAGGUGUAGUUGUGCGCUAAUGGGCAUGCGCAAACUGAAAAUCGGUCGAUUUUGAAAAUUUCACAUAUUUUGAUUUCAUCAGGGAAUUCGUGUUACCAGUCCUGAAAUAUUCGCGCGGGUGGGCAUUAAGGACAUGACACACACCACAAGAAAUUCAUGCGGUUAAACAUGACCUGCAUCAGGUCUGAGACGCCACCUUCAGGGAGAGUGGUUAACCAUCCUGCAACGUCGGAUCGAACGCCUAAUCAACACAAUGCGAGCGCGUUGCCGAAAUGUGAUACAAUCUCGUGGCGGUUACACACGAUAUUUAUAAUUACUGGUCAUCGAGUGAAAAUGAUCGAAUUCUGUGAUAAAAUAAAGAAUUGCCGUUGAAAAAUCUGGUUGACUCCUUUUAUAAUAUUUUCAAAAUCGACGGAUUUUCAGUUUGCGCAUGCCCAUUAGCGCACAACUGCACCUGCACGUUAAUACUUUAUAUACCACGUCCGCCGGAUUAAUGGGAUGGUGUGUGCAAAAUUUCAUUGCGAUCUGGUACAUAACACGGGAGAUAUCAAACAACGUUUUGGGGGGAACUUACUUUUGUUGUACUGUAUAUUUGCAGUGGACUCAAGCAAAAAUGGCGGACGAAUUUGUUAUUGUUAAUAAGUUGUUUAUCAGUUGAACCUUAAGUGAUAAUCUAGAGCUGUUAUAAAUACAACAACUAUGCUUACAUGUUACGCCGCUGCUGUUAUCACCAAUAAAAAUGAAGAAA